AUGGCCUCUGGAUCGCACGAAGCAAAUCAAGACAAAGAGCUCAGGGCAACCCGUGAACCGGCUGUGAAAAAAGCAAAGAAAAGUCAGCCGUUAACGGAAGAGCGCACGAACGAACCGGUCAACCCAAAUCAACCGGUGUUGGCGUUCGAAAAAUUGCACAAAAUCCUUGGACGACACUACUUCGACGUGUGCGAUCGGUUGGCGCUUGACUACGUGCCCAGCUGUGUGCGAAAUGUGACCGAGUGCGCUCAGCACCACGCCAACAAACGUAGCGCGCGUACAAAAUGCGUCAGCCUAAUGCGUCAGAACAACACGCAAGAGCAGAUCCUGGAGCAACGUCCCGAUCAGUACGUGGAGUUCGUUAACCAAGCGUUGAUGCGCCGGGAGUUCAUCGAUUCGGAGCUGUUCGUGGCCGGAUUGCAGUUGAUUCUUACCAUCAACCAGCCCACCGAUGAGCUGAAGGCGUACUAUGACGUCGCGACGAUCGUGCUUGGGACGAGUGAAGCACUCGAGAAGUGUCUCGAUCUGUUUCCGCCUUGUCGGUGGGACUUGCGAGCCACCUAUCAGAGCAUCGUAUUUGCGCCUCUUGAUGCGUCCUGUUUCGCAAAAUGCGACCAAAAGGAGGGUCUCUGUCGGAACGUGCUUCAUCUGAUCGAGCAUUACAUGGAAACGGAGCAGCCAUCGAAUCCGGCGAAAGCACCGACCGGAAGCACACGGAGUGGCAGAAAUUUACCAGCACCUUCGGGGAGCGAGCUGUUCUUUUCCAACUACAACUGCUGGAUGUCGCAGAACCGCCAGUGUUAUGAUUUUGAUCAGCUUUCCCGGGAUGAGCGUUUCCAGCGGCUGUUCGCGGUGCUGCAGAUAUUGGUAAAACUGUUAGAAAUGGAUUUCGCCAUGUGGAUUCUCCGCAACCCUACCAAGACACGGCAAAACCUGUGCAAUCCAUCACGCUGCCCAUUGAUAGCCCGGCUCGUAUGGGAAGGUGAUUACGGAAGCGUGAACCUUUUCGUCAGGAAGCUGUUUCAAAUGUUCAUCAAUAUGAACGCGUUGCAGUAUCCUGCGGAGGACAUUGCCAUUUUUGCGCGCUUGUUGAACCUCGUUACGGUGGCGGUGAAUCUGAGCGAGUUCCAGCACAACGACGGUUUGAUACAGUAUCCCUGCGUGAAAGAUAACAGCGAAUACUUCGCCCGGCAGCUGCUGAAAACGCUGGAAUCCUCCGAUUACUACAGCGUGGCUCUCUAUCUCCGCACUAUUCACAAUCUGCGUUCGCCCUUUCUGCGGCUACGCCUUUCGGAGCAGCUAAUCCGCAAGCUUAACGGACUUUCACGUCUAAGCAACGUGCGCGAAUUCUUCCAACAGCUGCUUAAGCGCGCUUGGCUAGAAUGCGACGAAGAGUUGCCACCGGACACGGCCGGACGUCCAGCCAUAACUUACGCAGUGCUGAGCAAACAGCGAACCCGUACCAAAGCGAGCGAAAUUUACCGCCAACAGUACGUCGAUCUGCUGUAUAUUGGUUGCCGAGCGUACUGUGAUAUGUACCAGAUACCUGCCUACUUCCGGGAGAUUAUCGCACAAACCCUUCCGCAGACUCCACCGGCACCAGAACGCACUCGAACCCGAACGGGUGGCCAAGCAGAACGUGACCUCGGGGUGCGGAUUGUACCGGAACCUGUUACUGACGAACGGAUGAUAUUCCAGGGGGUGGCCGUGACUAGCGAGCUGCUGCUGGAGUAUCGCGAAGACAUCAAGUACCUGCUGUUGAUCGAACAGGAGCUGAAACGGCUCGAAUUGCCCGAAGAAACGGUCCUGUUUCGCAAGUGGAUCAAAUUCAUGUCUGACGUGGAUCCUUCGCUGGUGAUAAAUGUGACAUCGUGACGUAAAGGCCGUUGUUUGUGAAGCGUUUUU